AUGGCGCCCGUGACCGCGUUCGCGUCUUCCUCCCCGGCCUCCCCGGACGCACCCAGCAGCAGCAGCAGCAGCAGCAGCAGCAGCAGCAGCAGCAGCAGCAGCAGCAGCAGCAGCAGCAGCAGGAGUUUGACAGUGUGUCUGCCGGGGGAAACGCACACUUUGGGGGCUGUGCUGCGCACUUUGCUGCUGCAGUCGGAGACAGUCGAAUUCGCAGACACCCCAGCGCUGGAGGCGCUGCAGUUGGCCUUCGAGCAGCUGCGCGGAAUUUGCGAAGUCCUCAGCAGCAAAUACCAGCUAGCCAUGCAGCACUUCCAGCAGCAGCAGCAGCAGCAGCAGCAGCAGCAGCAGCAGCAGCAGCAGCAGCAGGAGGGGGAGGGGGAGGAGGAGGCAGCGGGGGAGGACAUCGACGCCGACGAAUGA